CAAAUGACGCCACCGCUGUCUGUCUUUCGAGCGGGACUUUAGUUUAUGAAACCCCGAAAAAAAAAGUUUUGUAACGCCGACAUCCAGCUCGGUUCCUCCAGCAUGGACGUCCAAACCGAAUCGGAUCCACCACCAACUAUAACAUGUUUAAAAAAUAUUGAUGCCCUGCUGCGAUGUCCGAUUUGUUUUGACUUUCUCAAUAUUUCAAUGAUGACCAAAUGCUCUCACAAUUUCUGCUCCUUGUGCAUCAGGAAAUUCUUCUCCUAUAAGCUGCAGUGCCCAGUUUGCAACGUGCCAGCGACUGAACAAGAUCUGCGAAACAACCGCUUACUGGAUGACUUGGUAGUGAGCUUUCGCGCUAUAAGACAACCAUUGUCAAAAACUCAUUUUGAGUCCUCACCGAUACCCCCAAAGAACCCAGCUUCAGCAAAAUGCAAAGCUCCCAGAGACAAAGGCCAGAAGUGCAGCAGCUCCGUCGCGAGUCACUUUUUCCAGAAGAGGCCCAGAACGUCUCCUGCCAAAGAAAAACAGACAGACGGUUCACUAGAUGUUCAGAGGAGGAGUGCGCGCACGCGUAAUGCGAACGACGCCGAUGCACACUUGGUGACUGUGAAGGAAGAGGCCAUGGAUGUGGAGGAAGCAUCCAUCCAGGGAGCGGUGUCAGUCAAAUGUGAGGACGCGGCGCCACACAGCAUCAGCACCGCGGAAGAGAUGCCGCAUUCUUCAUCAUUGUCAAACGAGGAAAAGCCUGCAAUCAAAGUGGAGUGCCCCGUGUGCUCUGUAGGCGUGUCUCCGCAUUUCAUCAACAAACAUUUGGACAUGUGUCUCACGAGCGGAGAGAAGAAGGAAAGCUUGAGGAGCAAAUCGAGGCGCCCAAUGGGGAAGCUGGUGUACAAUCUGAUGUCCCUGCUGGAGCUGAAGAGGCGACUCAAGGAAUGCCAGCUCUCGGUGCACGGCUCCCGAGAUCAGCUGAUCAAAAGGCACAAGGAGUUUGUGCACAUCUACAAUGCGCAGUGUGACUCCCUCAACCCAAAAUCAGCUGCAGACAUUGCCAAAGACGUGGAAGCUAACGAGAAGAUCAGAAAUCAGCUUCAGAAUAAAAGCAAACCUGUUAUGGUUUUCUCCAAGAAUCACUCUGAGGAGGAGAUUGAUGAGGUGCAUUCAAAGUAUCGAAAGCAGCACAGCAGCGACUUCUCCCGCUUGGUUGCCCAGGUCCGCGGUCGCCUGGAUACCACCAGGCAAACUCGGAUAAAAGACAAAGUCACUGCGGGUGGAGACGAUGUCGAGAAAACGCCUUCGGCGGAUCAAGUUGACGAAUCAAGGAGCGGCAUCGAUAUCAGUGCGGAAGAAGUGAUGGAGGAGAAGGAGCCGUCAGCGAGGCGCUACGUUUUGUCAAACAGCCCCACUUACAGUGAUGUAUCGGUCAGCAGUUCCAUUUCAGACAUCUUUGCACCAGACUCUUCCAGAAAUAAUGUCACAGAGAGGACGUCGGUCAAAAAGCACGCCACUCGCCCCAGGAAAUCCGUCGCCGCCUCAUCGUCCGCUGCGGGGGAACGUCGCCGUAAAUCUCGACCGACUGAUUGAGGACUCCAAAUGUGCCAGACGAGACUUGACUCGGAUGUGAAGAAAAGCGUUCUUUCUUUGAACCCAAUGUGUUUGUGUACUUCCCUUUCAUUGCCGUUACUUCACGCUGUACUCACCGAGGUGAGUGCAGUACCAAGGUGAGUACAGUAUGGUGUCGCGUACCAACGGCGGAAGUGAGACGCCCUAGCUCAGGGGUGGGCAAACUACGGCCCGGGGGCCACAUCCGGCCCGCCAAGUGUUUGAAUACGGCCCGCCCAAUCUUUCCAAAGUAUUUCAUUUAAAGUCAACAUACAACCUGGCAUCAUGGCCUGAGCCAACCUUUUGAUGGUUGUAUCAAUUUCGUUGUUUGACAUGGUCUGUUGUUUACAAAGUGCUCCUGAAAAAAGGGACACAAGCACAUAAUAAUAAUAAUAAUUAUUAUUAUUAUUAGAUUAUUAUCAUUAUUAUUAGAACUAUUAUGAUUAUUAUAAUUAUUAUAUUAAUCUAAUUAUUAUAUUAAUUAUAUAUAAUAUUGUUGUUAUAUUUGCACAUUUUACAUAAUAAUAAUAUAAUUAUUAUUUUAAUUUUAUUGUAAUUAUUAUAUUUUAUUAUUUUUAAAACAUGGUCUGUUGUUUACAAA